AUGGCUCUCAAGUUUCUCAGUUCACAUACCUCCCACACCGGGACGAGCAGCAGUGUGAAAUACUUUGACAUCCGCCUCGACAGCGACUACAUUGUCUUCCGGGGAGGUGAGGAUGAGGCCGCCAGCGCCCAGCUGUCUGGCAACGUUGUUCUGUGUCUUACCGAGCCUAUGAACAUCUCGCACGUCGACCUGACGCUGAGUGGCAUCCUACACAUGUCAUGGCAAACUAGUAGUACCUCCUCCAUGUCCGGUCGACGUACUGCCUACCGGGAAAAGACAUUCUACGAGAAGAAUUGGUCCUUCCGGGAUCCAGGCAAGGGCAAAACCGAGAUCCUUCCUUCGGACAACUACGAAUGGCCCUUCUCUUGCAUCCUCGAGGGUUCCCUGCCCGAGAGCGUCGAAGGCAUGAAAGAUGCUUGGAUCAUAUACCGGCUCAAGGCCGAGAUCAAAAGGAAGCGAGGCAGGGACAUUGUCGUCCGAAAACCGCUCCGGAUCGUCCGUACUCUCGACGCCAAUGCCCUGGAGCUGGCUCAUGCUAUGAGCGUUGAGAACAUCUGGCCGAACAAGAUCGAAUACUCCAUCAGCAUACCCAACAAAGCCGUGGCGUUCGGCUCUUUCGUCCAAGUCGACUUCAAACUGAUUUCACUUCUCAAAGGGUUAGUCAUCGGCAAUAUCUCGACCCAAGUCAGGGAGGAGCAUGAACUCGUGGUCGACCCCGAAUGGGGAGUGUCGGCUCUGAACAAUGGCUUUACCAAGGUGGAUCGUACCAUUGUCUCCGACCUCUACAAGGUCGACCCGGAAAAGGACGAACAGGUCAUCGACGAAGUGGCCGAAGGAUAUCAGUUCUCUCGCUACCUGGAACUCCCCAAAAGCCUCAACCAAUGCUUACAAGACUGCAACGUCAAGGGAAUCAAAGUCCGUCACAAGGUCAAGUUCAAUGUCCAAUUGCACAACCCCGACGGUCAUAUUUCCGAACUGCGAGCCAACCUUCCCGUCUCCUUCUACAUUUCACCCAGUCUGCCCAUCAACGAAAACAACGACCUUGUCGACCAGUCACCCCAAGCUGGACGAGCGGCAAUUGCAAACGACCUGGCCAAUUCGGCACCACCAUUGUAUGGCCAGCACAUCCUGGACGCAUUAUAUUUGGACGUCGACGGCUAUCGGACCCCCGGCAUGGCGCUGUCAAGUCCUGGCACGCCUUACCUCCACAGUCGACAUGCUUCGUCGGAGAAUCUGGCCAGUUUGGCCGGCAUUGCAAAUGGCACUUAUGUCUCGCCGAUAGCACUCGAAAAUAGGCUGCAAGAUCUGCAUUUUGCAGAUGCCGGCCAAACAAUCGACGAUGAGAAUGAAGCCUCGGCGCUUGGACGUUCUAGAUCAAAUUCCAACGCUCCUCACUCAAUGGAAGAUUACUUCUUGAGUCAUCCCUCGACACCGGGCGCUCAGCCUCGAUUAAGUCCUUUUGAGCCAUCAUCCUACAGUGGUCCAUCUUCUGUUCCUGCAAGUCUACCCGGAAGCAAUCUCAUGUCACGCAGAACAUCCGAAGAAGAUGAGGGACAAGCUUCGGGUUCCCGGACGCCAUUUCCCCAAUACGACCACAUGGAAGAUUUGGCGAGGGUUCCAUCGUACGCGACGGCCGUCAAGGCUCCAGCUCCAAGAACACCCUAUGAAGAUUCGUCGUGUCUACCGACAUAUGGCGCUGCGGUGCGCGCCCCUAGUCCGCCGCCACUUGCAGAACCUCCAACAGCGUAUAUCCGAUCGUCUCCUCGGGUUCCCGGAAGUCUGGCGUCAAGUCCGCCUGAUUUAUUGUCGAAUGGGCCCCGGCCACUCGUUCCACAUAGGAACGUGAGUUCCCUGCAAGACGAAGAGAGGAGGUUGAGACUUCUUCAGAUGCGAGGGCGAUGA